UCAGAGAAGAUGGCGGCGGCGGCGGCCUCGGGGCUCUCGAAAGCCGAGUACCUGCGACGGCGCUACCUGGAGGCCGGCGCGGCCGAGGCGGGCAAGAAGCGGCGGCGGAAGAAAAGGGCGGCAAAGGAGGCGGCGGCGGGCCGGAUGCGCAUAGUGGACGACGACGACGAGAGCUGGAAGAGCAGGCCUGCCGAAGAGGGGGAGGAGGAGGAAGAGGGGGACGAAAGUGAUUUGCCGGUGGUGGCUGAAUUUAUUGAUGAACGGCCGGAUGAAGUUAAGUGGAUGGAAACUUUCCGAGCAAGUAACAAAUGGAAGUUAUUAGGAGAUCAGAAUGAAGAGCCACAAUUACUUGGACGUUCUACGACAGCAUCAAUAAGCAGCUCAGAAACCUCAAAACGAAAUGAAAAAAAGUACUUGUUGGACCAGUCCCCGCCUAGGAGGGGCCGUCAUGCCCAGCCUGAUCUGUCCCCUGAAAGUCUACCUUCUGCAGGAGGCAAAAAUCGUGUCAAAAGCUUGAGUGGAGGCCAACAUGAAUUGUUCUCAGAUGAGCGCUCAGCCAGCCACAGGUGUAAGGCUGCUCCUGAUGUGUUGCUGCCUUGCAAGAAAGCAUGUAGUGCUGAGGGAGACUUGCUGCUGCCUCAGAAGGGGCUGUCUUCCCGAACCAACCAGCAGCCCCAGCCAACAGCAGCCUCACCAAGGAAGCGGCAGAGACACGAUUCCGAAUCCAGUUCUGGCUGUUCUCCCCCAAGAAGGAGGCGUGAUAAAGCUGCCUCAGAUUCAGACCUUUCGCCACCACAGGCCACUGGCUGUGCAGGCACAUGGCGGCCAAAUUCCCCUUCCGAUCUCUCCCCUCCUAGAAGGAACCGGCACAAAUCUCCAGAUUCUGACUUAUCUCCUCCCCGAAGAGGUCCAGACGUGAAAAAGGAAGGCUGCAGGUCCAGGAGCCCCUCUGCUGUCCUGCCACGUCAUCAGGCCAUGGAAUCCAAUGGGAACAGCCGAAGGAUGCUGUCAGGGGGCAAAGCUGGCUUGGUGUCAGCUGAUCUGCUGAGAAGGGAGCAGCAGGAACAUAAGCGGCAGGAUGGCGGCAGCAACAGCAGCAAACAUCUGGAGGAUGCAUCCCAGCACGCUAAGACUGUUUUCCGGGACGAGACGGGCCGAAAGAGGGACCUGAAGCGGGAGUGGCUGGAGCAGUGCAAGAGAGCAGAAGGGAAGUCUCAGCGGGAGGAGCAGUAUGCCCAGUGGGGGAAAGGCCUUGCACAGAGCAGACAGCAGCAGCAAAACGUGGAAGAUGCCGUGAAGGAAAUGCAGAAGCCCCUGGCGAGGUACAUUGACGACGAGGACUUGGAUAAGCUGCUGCGGGAGCAGGAGAGAGAAGGAGACCCAAUGGCCGACUUCGUGAGGAAGAAGAAGGCCAAGGAGGGGCGGGAUGGCAAAGAAAAAGCGAAGUAUAACGGGCCAGCACCCCCGCUGAACCGGUUUAACAUCUGGCCUGGCUAUCGCUGGGACGGAGUAGACAGGUCCAAUGGUUUUGAGAAGAAGCGCUUUGCCAGAAUAGCAAGUAAAAAAGCAACACAGGAGCUAGCAUACAAAUGGAGUGUGGAGGACAUGUGAACAUCCAGGCCAAGCUGGGACAAAGCUCUUUUCAGGCACCUGCUGAAGGGGGAUACUUCCUACUAACCAGAGUUCACCUUCUAGAAUUUGCAGGAAAGCCACUGUGUCCCUAAAGGGGGAGGUUAAUAAGACACCUGGAAUACUGAGGGUGUUAUAAAGCGCCUAAGAGCUGUUUGAAUGGAGACUCCUGAAUGUUGGUCCAGCUGAAAGAUAGAACUCCCAGGGCAG